AUGCAACUGCCAGCUCGUGACGACGAGCCAGUGGACCUGUGGGCCUGCGCGCGGACGCUCGAGGCGACGCCGGCCCUAGCGCGUCUGUUGCGAGACGCGGCGCCCCCCGACGACCGCAACGACCUGGGCGAGACGGCGCUGCACGUGGCGGCGGCGCGCGGCAACGACGAAGCAGUGCAGCUGCUGUUGCGUCAUGGGGCAGACCUCCUGGCAGCGGACUGGGAGUCUGGCUGGACGCCUUUGCACCGCAGUGUGUAUCACCAGCAUUUGUCCAGUGAGUCAACGCUGCUACUCUUACGCCACGCGCAGACCCGCUUCGGCAAGAAAUUUGCUCGGAAAUACCUGCACGAAACACGUGAUCAUGCCCAGCAGAGCCCCAUGCAGCUGCUGUCUACGAGACUGCAGCACCAACGACAACCAGACCGAGAAGUUGCGACCACCACGGAGGCGUGUGACGGUGGCCUAGUUUACACCUUUGGAAAGCGAGACUACCAGCUGGGCUAUCAUUUGCCAAACGCGGACGUGCAAGUCACGCCGCGGCUCGUGGAGCUUCCUGCCGCCUCACCCAUUGUUCAACUGAGUGCUAGCAAGUACCACACAAUCGCGCUCAAUGCAGCGGGCGAGUGCUUCGUGUGGGGCUUUGGCAAGGGUGGCCGCCUAGGCACUGGGAAUGAGUUUGACCGAAUUGAGCCGACACGAUUGGUGUCGCUGGAAACCACGCCCAUGAAGAAGGUGGCAGCAGGCGAGAACCACACCUUGGCGCUCUCUCGUUCAGGUCAAGUUUUCUCAUGGGGCUCCAAUAGCUUCGGUCAGCUUGGACACCCAGGGAAAUCAAGUUCGUCGCAGAGUCGACUAACACCAAAACGUGUUGACGCUUUCCGCUUCCACGAGAUGAAGGACAUUGCGGCGUCUGGUUGUCAUUCUGCAGCAAUUGACGCCGAGGACGGUGCUGUGUACACCUGGGGCAGCAAUCGUCGAGGCCAGCUCGGACGUAAAGAAGGAUGUGGCACGGACCAGGCUGACGCGACUCCGCGCAGUGUUGAUGCACUGCGUCCGCGCCAUCCGAUGUGCGUCGUGUACGGUGACUAUGAUUCUGUGCAGGCAGAGAAACUGGCACUCUCGGAUUGGCACACGUGCGUUGUGCUGCGCUGCUCUCACAAUGGUCGCAGCCUUGGUCAGGUGUGGCAGUUCGGCUAUGGAUCGUACCGUCCAAGCCGUGUGAACAUCCCGUUUGAUGCUGCUGCUAGUGGCAGCGGCGCUGGUGCAAUUAUGUGUGACGCAUGGGUCCCCACGUGCAAGCAGCGUGGCAUGGACGUUGUGGACGUAUCGUGCGCGCAGAACCACUCGAUCGCGUUGAGUGCUAGUGGCGCUGUUUUCACUUGGGGGCACAAUGUUCCAGCACUCUCGCACCAGCCCAGCGCCGGUACGCCGGGACAUAAUGCAUCAACAACUCUAUCGCCCAGUGCUCCGCAGAAAGUGGAGCUAACCAAGGCGGGUCCCGUGGCAAGUGUCUGUGCUUCUCAGGACCAUUGCGCCGUCGUCACGCGAGAAGGUGAUCUCGUGACUUGGGGCUGCGGCCAGCAAGGUGUACUCGGCCACGGGCGAGGCAACACGUGGCAGCCGAGUCCGAAGCGUGUGUCUGGUGUGAAGAAGGCGGUGGCGGUUGCAGCGGGCCACCAACACACGGCAGUGCUCGUAGCUCCCGUCCUCCCGGACUUCGACUCGGCACCCCACGUCGCGGCCCAGGACGCGGUGCCCUCUUUGGUGGAGCUGGUGGAGCGUAAGAUCGCGGCACAUGUUGACGUGGCGAAUUGUGUGCUGGUGUGGCAGUACGCUGAGCGCUAUGCUGCGUUCCGUUUGCAAGAAUACUGCCUGGGCUACAUGCGAAACAAUUGGGACGCUGUGCUGGACGGCGUGGGUCGAGACCGGAUGGAGACGCUCUUUGAGAUCAUGCUGCCACCAAUGGAUGAACCGGAGCCUGAAGAGAAGGCC